AUGGAUCCAUCUAAACUUGAAUUAUUACUCGAGCAGCAGAUGAAACUUAUUCAAAUGUUAGCAGAUGCAAAGCUUACGUCUAAUUCUCAACCAAGCAGUUCUAAUCCUACUACUACUGCACCGUCAGUUGAUGGUAUUGCUAACAGUAUCUCCGAGUUUCAUUACGAUCCAGAAUCCAAUGUCACGUUUGAUAUGUGGUUUCGACGUUACGAAGACUUAUUCAAAUUUGACUUUGCCAACCAGGAUGAUGCUUGGAAGGUCCGCUUGCUGCUUCGAAAGUUGGGUCCUAGUGAACUAGACAAGUAUUGCAAUCUAAUCCUGCCUUUAAACCCACGCGAUCGUUCGUUCUCCGACACUGUCCAGUCAUUGAGCCAACAAUUCGGAGACAACUCCUCACUAUUCAAUGCGUGCUAUCGAUGUUUGAAGCUCACUAUGAACGAAGAUGAUGAUUUUCUCACAUAUGUGGGUAUUGUCAACCGAGAAUGUGAACGCUUCCGGUUGAAGUCGCUUACUGAAGAUCAAUUUAAAGCACUCAGUCUCAUCUGCAGCCUUCAAUCGCAGAAGUUCAGUGACAUUAGAACACGUUUGCUAAGUCGAUUGGACCAAGACCCAAAACUAACUCUUAAUGAUAUUGCAAAUGAAUAUCAACGUCUAAUCAAUCUACAGCGUGAUACUACAAUGGUCCAGCGUGGUGGUUCAAAUCGUACAGAAGUUCAUGUAGUCAAACAACCACUCAACUCUCAUAAAUCUGCCCCAGCGACAUCUAGUUCAGGUCGACAGACAAAAACAAAUCCUCCUGCUCCAUGCUGGCACUGCGGUGCAUGGCAUUUUGUUCGAUACUGUCCAUAUAAGCAACAUCGGUGCAGGAAAUGUAAUGCGCACCAUAUGCCAUCUGGUGAAACAACCUCAUAA